AUGGCUAAAAUCGUGAUGUGUGAGACACUUGAGCUCUACAAUAUCCUCAAUCAGUGCCGAGGUGUGCCCAGACUCGCAGAGAUCAACUACCUGUGUUUGAUUGAUGCUAAUGAAGCCCAAGAUUACUACAGGAGUCACAUCAUAACUGCUAAAAAUGCUAAAAUGGAUUCAGAGGGGACAUUCCUUCUUCCAGAGUUGGUGGAGGUUGACAGUAUGCAGCAUGUGGUGGUCUACGACAACAACACAAGCUCUUUACAGGAGCAAGGCAGAGCAACUUCAUGUGCCCAAGUGUUCGCUAAGGCUAGCCUCAAUCCAGUCAAGAUACUGAGAGGAGGCUUUCAGAGAUUCUCAGCUCAAUACCCUUUUUUGAGGACUGAGAAAAUCCUGAACACCAUCAUGGAGCUGGAAAGCCUGAAGAUUUACCCAGUGGAGAUCAUAGCAGGACUGCUGUACAUGGGUGAUGAGAAGCAAUCCAUGGACUCCAAUCUUCUGAAAGACCUGAAAAUCAGUGCUAUCGUCAGCAUCUCAGAGAGUAACACUCUCGAGUUCAUAAAGGAGAUCCAUACUUUGCUUAUCACCCCUGUGGCUGACUCAGUGCGGUCUGAUUUAUAUUCAAGCUUUGAAAGGAUCUGCAAUUUUGUUAGUUCCCACAUCAACAUGGGCUCUCGUGUCCUGAUAGUUUCCAGGCAAGGCAGAAGCCGCGCCAGCGCAGUGGCCAUUGCAUUUCUGAUCCAUUACCUCAAAUACACACUAAAGGAGGCCUGGACACAUAUGCUCAAAUGUAAACCCAUCAUGAGGCCAAACACAGGUUUUCUGCAGCAGUUGUCCAACUGGGAGCUUCACACUUUGGGAACAAAAACGACUGAUUUUGGCCUCCUCCUGGUGGGACAUACCCGGACCACCUCAUCCAGGAGGCGCUCAGAAGGAAUCCUUGUCAGAUGCCCAAACCACUUUAACUGCAAUGCACAGGCAGCAAGUGGAGGGGAUACUAAGAUACCCAUCCCAGUCCACCGCCUCUCAUCAAAGCAAACUCCAGACUGGAACAGAGUCAAGACCCUCUCCAGGAGACUGGUUCCAGAGCCCAAGCUGUGCGUUGAGGUCAGCCUGACUAUAUCUCGCCAGUACCUCUCAACUUCACGCACUAGCUCAGCCUCCUUCACCACCAGAGAGGUGACGUUCCAUAUCCCAAUUGCUCGGUAG